UCUCUCUCUCUCGCAUUUUUGCUUUUUCCACACACACAAGUUCAUACACGAAAUCCGUUGUUUCGCUCUCUCUCUCUCCCCUCUCUCUCUCUCUCUUUUUUUCUCUCUAAUCCCUCAAUUUUCGGUCAUUUGUCUCCCCCUUUGUAUUAUUCUUCAUCAUCAUCAUCAUCAUCAAUUCCUUUUCCGAUUCAUUCAUCUCCUAUAAUAAUUGGACAAAAGAACUUACUGCGCGGGUGUGCAUAUCUGUGUUUGAUGUUGAUCGGUCAUUUUUGGGUUUUGAUCAAUGAGAUCGAAUGAGGAGGGGGGAUGAGCUCAGAAUUAGGGUUUCGAUGUAGGGUUUGUGCCCUUUUGAGGAUGUAGUUCGGGGAAAGAAGGGAGUUAUUGAUCGAUGAUUCUCUGCUGAUUUCUUGGAUCCAUUGUGGUGAACCGGGAUUCUUGCAAUACCUUCGCGUUGUUUUUGGACUAUUUGGGCGUGUUUAUCGGCUGGAAUUCUGGUUUUUUCGGUCCCGGAUUAAGCCUGCACUUGUCUAAUACUUUCUGGAGCUGAGGGGUAUAUUUGGAGUUUGGGCCUUGUUGAAUUGAAUCGCUUGUCAUGGAUCAUGUUGUGGGUGGGAAAUUUAAGCUUGGGAGGAAAAUUGGGGGUGGUUCAUUUGGUGAACUCUUUUUAGGUGUGAACAUACAAAAUGGAGAGGAAGUUGCCAUUAAGCUGGAACCUGUAAAGACCAAGCAUCCUCAACUUCACUAUGAGUCAAAAAUUUAUAUGCUCCUCCAAGGAGGAACGGGCAUUCCCAACUUGAAAUGGUUUGGAGUUGAGAGCGAAUACAAUGUCAUGGUCAUAGACCUUCUGGGCCCAAGUCUGGAAGAUCUCUUCAACUAUUGUAACAGGAAGUUUUCCUUGAAAACAGUAUUAAUGCUCGCAGAUCAACUAAUUAAUAGAGUUGAAUACAUGCACUCAAGAGGAUUUCUUCAUCGUGAUAUAAAGCCUGACAAUUUUUUGAUGGGCUUGGGGCGCAAAGCAAAUCAGGUUUACAUCAUUGACUUUGGUCUGGCCAAAAAGUAUAGGGAUCUUCAAACUCAUAAGCACAUACCAUAUAGGGAAAACAAGAAUCUCACUGGUACUGCUCGCUAUGCCAGUGUCAAUACUCACCUUGGAGUUGAACAAAGCCGUAGGGAUGAUUUGGAAUCUCUGGGUUAUGUCCUAAUGUAUUUUCUGAGGGGAAGCCUUCCCUGGCAGGGACUUAAAGCUGGCACCAAAAAGCAGAAAUAUGACAAGAUCAGUGAAAAAAAAAUGUUAACUCCAAUUGAGGUUCUGUGCAAAUCAUAUCCAUCGGAAUUCAUAUCUUAUUUUCACUAUUGCCGAUCGUUAAGAUUUGAGGACAAGCCAGAUUACUCCUAUUUAAAGAGGCUUUUCCGGGACUUAUUUAUUCGUGAAGGUUACCAAUUUGAUUAUGUGUUUGAUUGGACUAUAUUGAAGUAUCCUCAGAUUGGUUCAAGCUCCAGACCAAGGAAUCUGACUGGUAAUGCUGUUGCUGGAACAUCUGGUGAGAGACCAGGAAGAACAUCAGUGGGGCAAGAUAUUCGAGAGAAAUUCUCUGGUGCUGUUGAAGUUUUCUCUAGAAAAAACCCUACAACUUCUGGUCGGCACGGUGAACAUAGACACAGGACGUCAGAAGAUGUGCCUUCAUCCAAGGAUGUGCAACCUGAUUCAGAAAAAGGCCGCACUUCUCGAAAUGGCAACUCCACAAAGAGAGCAGCCGUUACAAGUAGCAAACCAAGCUCAUCUGCUGACCUCACCGACGGCCGCACAAGCAGAAUAGUCUCAAGCACUGGCCGUUUGUCCACCACACAAAGAAUUCAACCUGCCAUUGAGCCUAAGCCAUCAUCUUUUUCUCGAGCUGCAGUUGGUAAAGGCACUCGUGAUGAUCCUCUUCGAAGCUUCGAGUUCCUCUCAAUUAGGAAGUGACCGCAACAUUUCUUGUAAAGCGGUUACGUGAAGUGUAAUGGAAAUCUUCACAUUAUCUUAUCCUUGUAAAUGUGAAAAUGCUGUCGUACACCACAACUGAUGCUCAUCGAAGCCCCCCUCCGGACAGUAGUUUCUGGUCACGUUUUUGUUGAGAGUUGUUUCUGAUGUAUGCUCAUCCAAGGAAUUGAUGAGUUCUAUGUGCGGCUGUUUUCUAUUUUUACAAGACAAGUAGCUAUAAUAAAUGCUUAUGUACCGCCCUCCCAUGUGUAUCAACUUCUUAUGUAGUACUUGCUGAAUUGUCUACUUGCUCUUGAUGUCAAAGAGUACAGGUCGUCAAGUAAAUCAUGAACGUGCCUGUACAAUGCUCUAAACUUAAACUGUACUUGUGUAUAUGAAUAUAACAGAGACGCCAAGUUUUCUAUUCCGUUCUAUA